ACAAAAGAGGACGAUCCUACAAUUACGCAAUCCAAGAGGGUUCAGAUCUGAUCACCGGGACAAUUACAUUACCACCUCACCCCCCGAAACUCACCCCUAAUCACCUUAGAACCCCUCAACUCCACUAACACACUGAAACCCCAAAAUUUAUGUAAAACCAAGGGGCUGAAUCGAAAAAAACCCGAGCAGUUAAAAACUCCCACCGUCCCACUCCUCCUCACUCCCACCACUUCGCUCGCCGCACCAAACCACCACCCCCAGCCAGCCAUGGCGGCCGCCGCCGACCACGCAGCCACCGCCAUUGCCAUCCCCGGCGACCCUCUCGCCGACAGCGCCUGCUCCACCCCGUUCGUCAGCGCGCCGUCCAGCCCGACGCGGGAGCGGGAGCGGGAGCACCACUUCGCUUCUCCCCACGGCGCGCCGUGCUUCUUCAGCGCGCCGGCGAGCCCCACCCGCGGCGGCGGCGGCGGCGGGUGCCUCGGUGACUUCGACUUCGACUUCUCGUCGCGGUUCCCGUCUCCCUCCGCGGCGGCGAUGUCGUCAGCGGAUGAGCUCUUCCACAACGGCCAGAUCCGCGCUGUCCGUCUCUCCGCGAUGCUCCUCCAGCCUCAGCCUCUGGCUCCGCUCGUCGACGGCGACGGCCACGCGUCGCAUCUGGCGGAGGAGGAUGCGGCGGCGGUGGAGGAGGAUGGUGCGGAGGCCGACGAGCGUGGCCGCAUCCGCAGCCGGUCGGUUCGACGGAAGGCGCGGUCGAUGUCCCCGUUCCGCACGCGCUGGAGGGCGCCUUCUCCCGCGCCGGAGACCGCCGAGGAGGUCGAGGCAGUCGCCACGCCGGCGGCGUCUCGCUCGUCGUCGUCCUCGUCGACGGCUUCCUCCGCUUCGUCCACCUCCUCACGAGGCUCCCGCCGGUGGGCGUUCUUGAAGGAUCUCCUCCACCGGAGCAAGUCGGACGGCGGCAAGAACCACCACCACGACACCGCGCCACCGCCUCCUCCGCCAAAGAGGAGCCCGUCCCCGUCCCCGUCUCCGUCUCCGGCUCCGGCGGCGGCGAGCGCGAGAGGAGGGAGAGGGGCAGCAACGGGGAGGAGGAGCAGGAGGAGAUCGGCGCACGAGAGGCUGUACGAGGCGAGGAGGGCGGAGGCGGAGGAGAUGCGGCGGCGGACGUACCUGCCGUACCGGCAGGGGCUCCUCCUCUUCGGCUGCAUCGGCCUCGGCUCCCGCGGCUACGGCGCCGUCCACGGCCUCGCGCGGGGGCUCAACGCCGCCGCCGCCGUCUCAUCGCGGUCAUGACUCGUGACCUCCAUGGCUGCUCCCGCCAUUGAUGCCGUUCUUGGAGCUCGGAUGCAUGCUGCUCUGCUUGCUCGUCUGUGUAGUGGCAAAUGCAGUGUGGAAAAACCUGCAAAAAUUGCAUAGAAAAUAGUAGUAGCUAGUAUUAGAAGUUUGCUUUUGCCUUAAUACUAGUUUCUUGUAUGGAUUUUGGUGAUGUAAACAAAGCUUGUUCAUCUGGUGAUGGUGAUGACCACUCCCUUAACAAUGGCAAAAAAUGUGUUCUUUUACUACAGUACUUCAGAACUAUACUUGUAUUAACUGGAAA